UUCAACAUUUGGUCACGUGACCCCGCGCCUCCCUGCUAAGGAUGGGGAUAGAUUUCCACGUCAGCUUUUACGUCUCCCAAUUUUCUUACUUCGCGGAUCUGCUUCAAAGAGGCAGCUGCGCUGCGAGAGAGAAUCAUGUUAAGCUCGGCUAAUGCGGCGCGGCCGAGGUAGCCCCCCGCAUGAUCUCGUGAUGGAUUUUGAUGAGCGUGUCCCUUGCUCCUCUAACAUGUAUCUGCCCAGUUGCACCUACUACGUGUCGGGCCCCGAUUUCCCCAGCCUCCCGUCCUUCCUGCCCCAGACCCCGUCCUCUCGCCCCAUGACAUACUCCUACUCCUCCAACCUCCCCCAAGUCCAACCGGUCCGGGAGGUCACCUUCCGAGAGUAUGCCAUUGAUCCCGCCAGUAAGUGGCACCCCAGGAACAACCUGCCCCACUGCUACUCCGCGGAGGAGAUCAUGCAUAGAGACUGCUUGCCAGGCUCCAACGCCGCCGCCGCCGCCGCCGCUGCCGCCGCUGCCGAGAUGUUCGGGAAAAACCCGGCUGGGGUCUACCAUCCUCACCAAACCAAUGGCUCCAACGCCAACGCCGGGGCUGCCGCCAACGCUUCCUCCAAUUUCUAUAGCACGGUGGGCAGGAACGGAGUCCUCCCCCAGGCUUUCGACCAGUUCUUUGAGACUGCUUAUGGCACUGCGGAGAACCCCUCCGACUAUGGAGGAGGAGGAGGAAGCACCAGCAGCAGCAACGAGAAGACCGGCGAGAAAAUGCCUCCUGGAGGAAGCUCUGCUGCAGCUGCAACUUCAAGUUCGGAGGGGAAUUCUUGCGGGAGGGAGGCUGGCUCCGGAGCCCCCAAUGCCUCCUCUUCGGUGGGGACCCCGGCGGAGGAGAAGGAGAGGCGCCGCAGGGCGGAGAGCACCAGCAGCAGCCCGGCUUCGUCCUCCGGCAACACUGAGGAGAAAUCCAGCAGCUCCAGUGGACAACGCACCCGUAAAAAGAGAUGCCCCUACACCAAAUAUCAGAUUAGAGAAUUAGAAAGGGAGUUCUUCUUCAGCGUCUAUAUAAACAAAGAGAAACGCCUCCAGCUUUCGCGAAUGCUCAACUUGACCGACCGUCAAGUAAAAAUAUGGUUCCAAAACAGAAGGAUGAAAGAGAAAAAAAUUAACAGGGACCGGUUGCAAUAUUACUCAGCUAAUCCACUGCUCUAAAAAGAAGAAGAAGGAAAAUAUGGGGUGGGGGAGACGGAAAAAGAAAAAAGGAAAACAAAAGGACUAAACGACGCUAAAACUUGUAGCGGGGUUUUUUUCCAAGUUGAGAUUAAAUCCUGAUCUCGCCCUU